AUGGGAACCUUUAUUGGUCAUGUGUAUCCAGGGCUGUUUCUGUUCUUACAUGGACUAUAUCAGGCAGUAGUAAUCUCCAAAGCUCUAACAUUCAGUGACUCUCUCCUGUAUCCUUCAUCCCCUCCCAGGAAUAAGGGAAGAUGUGCCAGGCUGUGGAAAAUAUCCUAUGGAGGUCUGUUGAAGAUGGUGACUGGUUGCCUCUUGACAGUUUAUGAGGUCAGCUGCAUUAAAGGAGGGUUGAUAUUGAUGAACAGGGAACUGCCACCAAGGUUCAUGUACCCCAAAGAGUGGCAGCACCUCACCAUGUUCAUCCUCCUCACUCUCAACGGCUGUGUGGACUUUGUGAGCAAGAACGUGCUGCCUCAGAGGCGUGUGGGCCUAGAAAAAGGUGCCCUGGUCCUGAUCAUCUACGAGCUCCUGCUGCUGAUGGUGUCACACGUUAAAGAGUCAGAAGGGGUGGAGCUGCACGUGCACUCUCUGCUCAUCCUGGUGGUGUUCCUGCUGUUGCUGGUGUUCACUGCAGAGCUGUGGGCUCCCAACAUGUGUCAUCUCCAGCUGAUGGAGACCUUUCUGAUCCUCCUCAUGGGCUCCUGGCUGAUGCAGGCAGGCUUUAUUCUAUACAGACCGGUCUCUGGCUACCCAUGGCAGGACGAUGACAUCAGUGACAUCAUGUUUGUCACCACCUUCUUCUGCUGGCAUGUGAUGAUCGAUGCCUCGUGCCUGUUGGGAAUCUAUGGCUUCUCUUCCUUUUGGCAUCAUUGUUACACUCCCAGCUUGAAGCUGACGGGGCCCAAGGAAGCUCCGUAUUACGCAAGCCCUCCAGGACCCCUCUACGAGUUGCUGCAGGAAGUGGAGCAGUCAGAGAAAGAGGACCAGGUCCUCCUGUUUUCAAAGAGCUCCCCCGAGACAGAGUCUACAGUGGCUGGCACGUCGUCCACCUCGCCUUCCUCCUGUGGGCUCCUCAGCCACGAGCAUGGCACCCUCCUUGGUGAAAAUAAUGGCCUUGAAGGCUAG